UCAUCACUCCCUCCAGUGAGUCACCAGAAGCCAGUAGCCAGGCAGGAGGAACUCCUGCAACUCCUGCAAAUCCUUGACAGCAGUCCCAGUGAUGGAGGAAAAUGGCUGCCAUUACCCUGUGGUGUCCCCUCCAUUUUCUGCACAGGAGACACUAUCCCUAUCUCAGCAGGAAAGUGCAGGGCCAGAGCCCAUGGCUGACAUCUUACCUGAGGUAUGGUCAGGAUGUUUCCAAUGACAACAGCAUCUCCUGGACCUUGUGCUGCCCUGGCUGUGCCAAAGGCUGCAAAGAAUAUUCCAGGGUAAGUGGUGUCUGGUACAGGCACAGAGAGCAGAAUCCUGAAUGAUAUCUGUGUCUAUGCUCUGGAUGGAGAGACCUUUGUCCUGAAGCCGCAGAACAGCCUUGGGGAAGGCACGGCAUGACUGGUUCAUGGCCUCAUCAAUGUCAUUGUGGGCCAAUGCAGCGAGGAAGCUCAGAGGCUGCUGCGAAUUCCCAUGCUGAUGAGGAGGAAACCCAUAGACUUUCAGCUAGCACCAAGUCUGCCAGCUCCAGUUCCAGCAGUUCCAGCUCCAGCAGCUCCAAUUCCAGCAGCUCCUAGAUGGGAAUUUCUGCCAACAGCCCUACAAGCUCCAAUGUGGACAAGGAAGCUGGUACAUCAGAGGCUGCCCUCCAUGGAAAUUGCAGUUCCCCACCAUCUGUGCCUGUCCCCACAGAGUGGGACCAACCCCAGGAAGAGCCAGGGAGGGCAGUGGUGGCGGCUCAACACAGGCUCUGCGAUUCAAUGUGCCGCUGGACCAGCAUCGCCUGCAGCAGCCAGCGCCCCAGCUGCCAACACUUCAUCCAGCAGCCCAGCCCAGCAGCCCGAGAUGAGAGAGGAGCAGGGCCUGAAGACACUGAGGAGCAUUGUGAGUCUGGGCGAGCCAAUGAAGAAAUACAGGGCAUUUGAAGAACUUGGACCAGGGGGGUUUGGAGCUGUUUAUAAAGCCCUCAACACCAGCACAGGACAACAGGUGGCCAUCAAGAUCAUGUUGCUUCAGGAGGAAAUGUCCAAGGAUCUGGCUGUCAAUGAAAUCCUGGUCAUGAGGGACAGCAGGAAUCCAAAUAUUGUUAGCUACUUAGACAGCUACCUGGUGGAUGCGGAGCUCUGGCUGGCAAUGGAGUUCAUGGAUGGCGGCACAUUGUUUGAUGUGCUCGGGGCAGUGUACCUGGAGGAAGGACAGGUAGGCGCUGUUUGUUGUGAGUGCCUUUAAGGACUGCAUUUCCUUCAUUCCCGCCAAGUCAUCCAUAGAGACGUCAAAAGCAAGAAGGUUCUUGUGGGCGUGGACGGAUCUGUCAAAUUGGCUGACUUUGGCCUCUGUGCUCAGCUUAGCCCUGAGUGCAGCAAGCGCAGCUCCAGAGUCAACACUCCCAGCUGGAUGGCACCGGAAGUGGUGAGAGGAGAAGCCUACGGCCCCAAAGUGGACAUCUGGUCCCUGGGGAUCAUGGGGCUGGAAAUGGUGGAAGGGGAAGCUCCUUAUGAGAGGGAAGCCUGUUCCAGGGUUUUUGAACUGAUAGAAAGGAACAGGCCCCCAAAAUUGCAGAACCCCAGGCGCCACUCAGCUCUCCUGCGCGACUUUCUGCGCUGCUGCCUGCAGGCAGACGAGGACCUACGCUGGUCUGCCCAGGAGCUCCUGCAGCAUCCAUUUGUGACCUCAGGCGAGCCAGCGUCCAGCCUGGCUGCUCUGAUCACCACAGCCAAACAAAGGCUGGAAGAGUGGAGAGGAGACACUUGCGCCUGAGGAGGCCCUUGUGCCGUGCCAGCUCAGAGCAGGGAAAAGGGGAUGUAUAGUGUUUAGGCAGAGAUUCAGCCAUCCCCUGAGUUUUUUACAGAGCUUUACUGUAGGAAAUUUAAUGAUUUUGUAAUUUUGUCAGUUUAGCUGUUCUGAAUUUCAACUUCUGUUGUUUUUUUUUCCUCAAAAGAUUAACUUUUAAAAAUUAAGUAAAUUGAGGGAGUGACUUCUAAGGGCUAUAGAACAUAAAUAGCUUAGGUAAUAGAGGAAUGUCUAGCUUAGAAUAGAAUUUUGUAAAUG